ACAACCUUGGUACUUGUUUAACUUGAAAUUUUUAUGAUGAGUGGUACAAGACCGCAUAUCAGUAUCACCUUUCGUAAAUCAAAGAAGCCACAACUCAAUGACAGUGUUAGAAUCAUGCGAAAUAGGGGGUUGCUAAAUACAUCGAGAAGAUUACUGCAAAAGUCAGUCAAUCAAUCUUUCACUUCAGCCACCUCUCUUCGUGCUAAUAAUGCUUCAUUAGCGAAAAAACUAGCCGAAUUGCAAGUUGAAUUAAAUAACCAGAAGAUGGCUACACAGCAAGCGAAUAUUGAACUAUUGAAUUGUCGUAUGGAAGUAGUCCGUUUACAAGCGUAUAAAGAAGCCAAAGAGAGAAUCAAGGCUUGUAUUCUAAACGUACAUGAAUUAUUGUGUUCACAAAUUGAAAUGGGAAUGUCCAUGAUGAAUUAUGUGAAAGAUUCAAUAUCGGUAUUGGAUAAAAAUGAUUCAUUGGAGUUAUUGUCAAAUCCUACAUCAAGUCUGCUUGGUGAAACAGUAGUUGAUCCAAAUGCAUUUGAUUCUGUUUGUAGAAAAGAAUUUACAAAGCCUGCUCAACAGAUAACAGAACAGAAUGUUCGUCAACUAUCUAUUGUUUAUCCUGAAGUUCAAUCUCCAUCAUCAUCCACUUCAUUAAUAACAGGUCCGGUGAAAAUGGCAUUCAGUCCUAACGAUCACAGUAUUGCUAAGAAUAUUAGCACUAAUCAUAGUAACAAUAACAGAUUUAAUGUACAACCGAUACCUCUUAUUGAAACAUUAAAUACUGACGUAAAAUCAUUACAGUCUAUCCGUCAGGAACCACUAGAACCAUCUUGUGAAGAAGUUUUACCUGAAAUACUGACUAGUCCAAUAACUUGUAUUUCUGAAAAUAAUAUUGCAAGCAAACGAUGUCCUCCAAUAGUAGAUACUAAUGUUAAUAAUGUUGAUUUAGACAAUGAUAAUCAUAUUGAGGAUACCUACAAAAACAUUAGUCCUGUACAUUUUUCAGUUCAAAGUUUACCACAAUCAUGUGUUUCUGUAAAUAAUAAACCUUCCGUUAUUGAUUCAAAGAAUAUUGAUCAACUGGUCGUUCCUAAUCUUGUCAAUAGUUGCAAUAGUAAGAACAAUGAAUGUGUAGUUAACCUUGUUGAUCAUCAUGAAAUGCAGUCAGCUCGACCUCAUCUGGUGCGUCAAGCUCGACUAAAUUCAAAACCAAUCAUUGACACAUCAUCUUUUAUGGAAUCGUUUAUUGUUAAAACAACAACAAAAGAAAAGAAGAAAAAAUCAGGUAAACAUCGCCUGAUUCGUGUCAGAGAUAGUGAUGAUGAAGGUGAAAAUGAUAUCAACAUUAAAGGUGAUAAAUUAAAAAAUAAUAUUGGUGUUGUUGGUGGCGAUGAGGAUGGAAGUGGCCGAGUCAUUGAAACCUGUUUCCGUCGGCCUGGUGAACUUGUAUUUAGAGUUGAUUCAAAAAAUGUCAAUCCAUCAUCAACGAUUGGUGUCAGUGACAAACAGACAACUCGAUCCAAGUCGAAAUUACCAACAACGACAAUCAAUCAACAGUCAAGAUCGAAAUCAAAACCUCAAACUACUACUACUACUACUGCUUGUAUUAAUAGUACCAAUAGUAAGAAGACUAACAAAGAUGUGAAUAGUAAUGAAUUUAAAAAAUUGUCGAAAGUAGUUGGAGCGGAAAUUAAAACAGUGAAUAUUUUCGAUUUAUCAAUGAAUCGAACUGCUGAUCUAUCUGUUCUUCCGCCUACUUUAAAUGAUUUACGCAUUAAGCAUAAAGAACAACAACAACAAUUGAACUCAAACACUGAAGCCCAGAAAGAUACCACUGCCAAGAUGGCGAUGACGACAAGGAAACGUUCUGUUCUUGGUGAAUUACAACAACAAGAAGAUGAUAAACUCUAUUCUGUUGUAAAGAAUAAUAAUAUUGUAGAUGAACACCGUCGUCUUUCAGUUGUCUUGACUCCAAUAUGUGAUGAAAAUCAACCUCCAUUCGAUGCACCAAUAUCCAAUUCAAAAAAUAAUAAACGUCAAUUUCGUCGAUUAUAUUUAUUCGAUCAAGAGAACGAAGACAACGAUGAUAAUGGCAAUGACGUUGAUAAUGGUUAUAGACUUAAAAAUAUGAAAGCUGACGUUGGUAAUACUGAAGGUAAACAAUCAAAAGAUAAUAACCCAACUUCUUCGAUUGGUAAGCUCGGUAAUAAUCGUAAUAGUAAUCUACCAAUGACGAUCAACCCUAAAGUAACUACAAGUCGAUCACGAAAAAGGAAUUGAUUGAAAAGAAAAGCACAUUAAUGUCCUGUUGAGUUAUUUUAUCCCAAUGCAAAAAGUAUCUUUUUUUGUAAGUUGAUUGAAUUUCUCUCUCUUUCUCCAUUCCCGUACUUCGUACAUUUCUUUCUUCUGUGUCUGUGAAGAUUCACACUCACUAGGCAUGCUUACAAUUUUGUGGGGUUUUUUUAAGAUUAAACCAAUCAAGCUCAGAGUAAUUGUUGUGUAUUAAGAAAAAUGUUAUAUUUCAAGAUUCACGUCGCAUUCGUUGAAGACUGAUUGUACUCUGAGUAUUAACUACUCAGAUUAAUGUAGAUAAUUUAAACAUGAAAUGAUAUUAGAAUAUCAUGAUAAAUUGUGGAUUUAUACUGUCUCUUUGAUGAUAUUCAUUUGAAAGUAGUGAGUUGAAAACUGUAAAUUUAGUUCUCAUUACUAGUUGUGACACCAGUCAGGAUAGUUACAUCUGUUCAGAUUCCACUAAAUGUCUCAACUAGAGACAUGAGAAAACAUCUCGGAUAAUCACUUUUCUAUUAUCGUUGAUCUUUUGAAUUGAUUAUUCAACUUGUUGUAGCUUGUGCAAUGUAAAUUAUGUUGGUCAUUUUAAAGGUUAAUCAUGGGAAUAUUAGUAAAUUUUUAAGUAUUCUCAUCAUAUUAUUACACAUUGACUGAUAGUUUGCUGUACACUGAUUUUGUAGUUAUAGUGCUAGUAGUUCAAUCAACCGGAAUUUGAAUUUAUUUCUCAUUCUGUUUUAAAAUAAUGGCUUAACAGUGAAAAAGCAUUCAAUUUUAGACGGUUAAAUUGCAAAUUCAAGUCCUUUUACAUAUCUAUUUCAAUCUAAACAGUUGUGUAGUAGUAGUAGUAUCAUUAACCAUCAUGUACUGCCAUUGUGGUAUGUGCUACUUAUAUCGACAUGAUGAGUAAUAUAUAACGAUAGUCACGAUUAGAAUGUCUGGCAGCAGAAUGUCGAGAAGGAAAGAACGUGAACAGAAAGUAAUUGGUAUGAAAAUGCAGGAACAAUAAAGUCUCAGACGGUUGAUUAAUAUUUGCAAAAGAAACAGUCAAGUUUGAGACAAUUAAUUGAUAUUUUACAAAUGAAGUAUUUACUGUAUGAUUCUCAGAUUUU